UUUAUAAACCACUUUGUAGUGAUCAACUAUAUUGAAAAGUAUUUAAAAUCCACGGUUAUACUUUAGAUAUAAAAUCUCCUAAGUAAUCUUAACUUUACCUCCCUCCUAAUUCGAAAUGUCUGCUCCAACGUAUGUAUAAAUUUUAGUGACUUGAAUGUUUCCUGGACCACGGUUGUUUUUUCGCUGUGGUCACUAGUCUGGUAGUGGGGAUGAAAUGGCUUUCAUAUGGUUUAAAUACCGAUGACAAUUCGGUAAUUAUUGACUUGAGUUAUUUGAGUUAUUUGAGUUAUUUGACAUAUUUACAAUUGUAUUGUUAAAUACUUACUGGGUUAAUUCAUUUAUACAAAUUGUAUUGUUGUUGUUUGAAUUAUGUCCAAUACCAUUUCUUCUACUUCCAGAUUAGCGUUGGUAAAUAACCAUCUAAGUUCAGUAAAUAACAAUAACAAUGGUACUAACAAUAUAAUUGCUAGUGGUGAUAUUGGUUUAAUCGGUUUAGCCGUUAUGGGCCAAAACUUGAUUCUUAAUGCUGCUGAUCAUGGAUUUACUGUUGUUGCCUAUAACAGAACUGUUUCUAAAGUUGAUGAAUUUUUAGCUAAUGAAGCUAAGGGUAAAUCAAUUAUUGGUGCUAAAUCAAUUGAAGAAUUGGUUGCUAAUUUAAAAAGACCAAGAAGAAUUAUUUUGUUAGUUAAGGCUGGUAAACCAGUUGAUGCCUUUAUUGAACAAUUAUUACCUCAUUUGGAAAAGGGUGACAUCAUUAUUGAUGGUGGUAACUCUCAUUUCCCAGAUUCCAACAGAAGAUUUGCUGAUUUAAAAGAUAAAGGAAUCUUAUUUGUUGGUUCUGGUGUUUCUGGUGGUGAAGAAGGUGCUAGAUAUGGUCCUUCUUUAAUGCCAGGUGGUCACCCAGAUGCUUGGCCUCAUAUUAAGGAAAUUUUCCAAUCAAUUGCUGCCAAAUCUGAUGGUGAACCAUGUUGUGAUUGGGUUGGUGAUGCCGGUGCUGGUCAUUAUGUUAAGAUGGUUCAUAAUGGUAUUGAAUAUGGUGAUAUGCAAUUAAUUUGUGAAGCCUAUGAUUUAUUAAAGAGAGUUGGUAAAUUCUCUAAUAAAGAAAUUGGUGAUGUUUUUGCUAAAUGGAAUAAGGGUGUAUUAGAUUCAUUCUUAAUUGAAAUUACUAGAGAUAUUCUUUACUAUAAUGAUCCAACUGAUGGUAAACCAUUAUUAGAAAAAAUUUUAGAUUCUGCUGGUCAAAAGGGUACUGGUAAAUGGACUGCUAUUAAUGCUCUUGAUUUAGGUAUGCCAGUCACUUUAAUUGGUGAAGCUGUCUUUUCAAGAUGUCUUUCUGCUUUAAAAUCUGAAAGAGUUAGAGCUUCAACUAUUUUAGAAGGUCCAUCAGUUCCUGAAGAAUCUCCAAUUACUGAUAAAACUAAAUUUGUUGAUGAUUUAGAACAAGCUUUAUAUGCUUCUAAAAUCAUUUCUUAUGCUCAAGGUUUUAUGUUAAUUAAUGAAGCUGCUAAAGAAUAUGGUUGGAAAUUAAAUAAUCCAGCUAUUGCUUUAAUGUGGAGAGGUGGUUGUAUUAUUAGAUCAGUUUUCUUGGGUGAAAUUACUGCUGCUUACAGAGAAAAUCCAAACUUGGAAAACUUGUUAUUCCAUCCAUUCUUCCAUAAAGCUAUUACUAAAGCUCAAUCUGGUUGGAGAGCUUCUAUUGGUAAGGCUGUUGAAUUUGGUGUUCCAGUUCCAGCUUUUAGUACUGCUUUAUCAUUUUAUGAUGGUUAUAGAUCAGCCAAGUUACCAGCUAACUUGUUACAAGCUCAAAGAGAUUACUUUGGUGCUCACACUUUUAAGGUUUUACCAGGUGAAGAAAAUGAACUUUUAAAGAAGGAUGAUUGGAUUCACAUUAACUGGACCGGUAAAGGUGGUAAUGUUUCUGCUUCUACUUAUGAUGCUUAAGUUAACUUGAGUUAAUAGUAGAGUAGUAGUCCUACCAGUGAUUUUUUUAUAUAUAUAAAUAGUUGAAAUUUACGUGACUUUAUAUUAUUAU